UCUGCAGGCAUGAAGCUGCUGCUUCUUCUGGUUCUCUGUGGAGGGGCAGUUGCCCUAAAGGAGGAUGACAGGAUAGUUGGAGGAUAUGAAUGUCCAAAAAACUCUGUGCCCCACCAAGUGUCUCUUUUUACGGGAUACAACUACUGUGGUGGGAUCCUUCUGUCUGAAGAGUGGGUGCUCUCUGCUGCACACUGCAAACCCAAGUCAGACAUAGAAAUUCGACUGGGUGAGCAUGACAUCUGGGAGCUUGAGGGGACAGAACAGUUUAUCAUGUCUGCCAAGUUUAUCCGACACCCUGACUACAGCUCUGGCACAAUGGACAAUGAUAUCAUGCUGAUCAAGCUGAGUCAACCUGCCACCCUGAACAGCUACGUCAAACCGGCUACACUUCCUUCAAAGUGUGCCAGUGAUGGAACAAUUUGCCAGGUUUCUGGAUGGGGGAAUAUUCGUCCCAGUGAUGAGGGCUCAAGGUAUCCUCAUAAGCUGCAGUGCCUGGCGGUCCCUCUCCUGAGUGACGACACAUGCUUCAACUCCUAUCCUUUCCAAAUCACAGAGAAUAUGAUCUGUGCUGGCUACCUGGAGGGAGGAAAGGACUCCUGUCAGGGCGACUCUGGGGGCCCACUGAUUUGUGAUGGCGAGAUCCAGGGAGUUGUGUCCUGGGGGAAGGGGUGCGCUCAGAGGAACAAGCCUGGGGUGUACGCUAAAGUGUGCAACUACGUCUCCUGGAUCAAGGAAACCAUGGCAUCUGGUUGA